ACUGAAAGCCUGUUACGUUUUAACAAGGAGGUUUAAAAGUUUUUAAACCUCCUUGGUUUUAAUCAAUGAAAUGAAAUUAGAUUUUUUGAUUAAAAAAAAAUUAGAUCAGGUUUCCUUCAGAACUAGCUACAAGUCUCAUGAAAUUGAACUUUCAACGUGCUGCUUCGGUGAUAAAGAAUGCUAAGGCAUUGAUUAUUACAGCUGGUGCAGGCAUGGGAGUGGACUCUGGCUUGCCAGAUUUUCGAGGACCUGAAGGAUUUUGGAAAGCAUAUCCACCCAUAAAACAGAGGCGAUUAACACUUCCGGAGAUGAGUACACCUAGUUGGUUUGAAAGUGAUCCUCAAUUCGCUUGGGGAUUUUUUGGUCACAGAUUAUUGUUGUACCGAAACACUCAGCCACACCAUGGUUUUCAAAUUCUUAAAAAAUGGGGAGAAAAGAAGGAAUUUGGUUAUUUUGUCUACACAAGCAAUGUUGAUGGCCAUUUUCAAAAAGCUGGCUUCAGUGAAGAAAGGGUUGUUGAGUGUCAUGGAAGCAUACACUUUAUGCAACCAACAAAAAGUUACAAUUAUAUAUGGCCAACACCAGAAGACUUAGAAUUUGUAAUUGACAAUAGGACAUUAAAAGCACAACCACCUCUACCAACUGGGCCACCAGGUUUACCAAUAGAAAAACAAGUUAUGGGACGACCAAAUAUUUUAAUGUUUGGUGAUGCAUACUGGUUACCUGGCAGAACUGAUGACCAAGAAGAGAGAUUUUAUGAAUGGGUUAAGCUACUACAGAAACAACCAGUUGUUGUUGUGGAAAUUGGUGCAGGAUUAGCUGUUCCAACUAUUCGGAACACCAGUCAGGGAAUUAUAAAGUACUCUAGACAUGAAGACAGUUAUUUGAUUCGAAUAAACCCAAAUGAACCACAAGUAAUACGACCAGUAGAUUUUGCUUUACCAAUGAAUUGUUUAGAUGCUUUAGAAGCGAUAGAUGCAUAUAUGGAUAAAUAAAUUUAAUUUUUUUAAAUUUUUAUAUUGGAUCUGUUGUUUAUUUGUUUGUUAAUUUAGUUUUUUUCUUUGUUACCUAACCUGGUACAGUAAGGUACAGUGUGUUUAAGAUAAAGUCUAUAUUAAGCUUUUCUGGAAAAGAUUUUUUUGAAAUUUUUGAAUUAAUGUGCUGUUUAUUUCCACAUGGAUAAUUAUUUUAAGGUUUAAAUUUCCUUUUCAGAAGAACUUUUGCAGAAUCAACCAAGUUCUCUAUUCUGUUAAUGGAGAUUUUAUUAAAAAUAAUAUAUUUUUAUUUAUAUAUGACUGUUGUGUAUAUUGGAGAUAAGUAAAUGUAUUGACUAUCCUUUAUUCUGUAAAAAAGUUUUAUUUAUAUAUACUUUAAUUGGAGAAACUUUUGCAAGAGAAACUUUCGCGAAUUUGCCAUUUUCGCGAAAAAUUAUCUUGCGAAAAUGUGCGAGUUUCUUCAUUCGCAAAACUUUGUCCAGUAAGCUAUUUUAUCAUUUUUCACCAAAAACGCACAAAAUACUUAGAAAUCUUUUCAAGGAGGAAAAUUUAUAACAUUUUCAAUUAUGCUAAGAAUUUUCUAGCUGAAAAAUUCUUGUUCGCGAAAGUUUAUCUUGCAAAAAUUUACGGGUUUCUUCAGUCACGAAAGUUAAUCUUGCGAAAUGUUCCGAAUUUCUUCAUUCAUGAAAGUUUAUCCAAUUAAAGUAAUAUGUACUGUUAGUUUCUCUUGCAUAUAAUAAAGGCUAAAAAAAUUUGCAGCAACAUGGCUUACAAAAGUUUUGUAGCUGUUUAUUAGUCUCAUGAGCUUUUUAUAGGAACUGUGAAUAGUAUAUGUUUAACAGUAUUUUCUCACUUUUUUAUGUGCCGAUUACAUACUUCAAUUUUUCAUGUAAUCAUAGAUAGUGAAAGGCAUUAAAUGUUGUUUUAAGGAA